AUGGCACUAGCGCCAAGGGGAGAAGGGCUAGUGGGCUGGUAUAGCAUCCUCGGACACAUCACCAGCGACGUCCUGGUUGUCUCCAUCCAAGCGUUUUCUUCCUUCCUCAUCUUCUCCAUCGAGAGAAUCGCUCGCUUGCUCUUCGGACGGCCCUCCACUGAUUAUUUCGACUUUGUUCCGCAUGCACAGAGGUUUCGGAUCGACCAGCCUGUGUACAAGAACUCGAGAACGUUCGCGGGGAAGCAAGGAGAGAUUGAUGUAGAUGAAAGUCUGAAGUCGUCAACCUAUCCCAUCAAGGCAGAAGAAUUGAUUGAGAGAACCAAAGCUGUCCUCGAAAGCAGUUUCGGAGUCAAGAACCCCGAUCUGAUCGCAGAGGAUUUCAGGUUCGUCGCACCCUAUGUAGGGCCGCUGGGAAAGGAAGAGUUCAUCCGAACUUUUGGCUCGUUCUCGCUCGAGCAGGCUCUUCCCGACCUAAAGGAGAACUACUGGGGUUUCAACGUCGACCCUCUCGAGCCCAACAGGGUCUGGUGGUGGUCCCGCCCAUCGGGGACCCAUACCGGGCCGCUCAUGUUUCCCCCUCCCUCUGUCAUCCCCCCGACUGGUGUCAAGGUGCAGUGGCCGGUCCAGGCUCAGUCCAUGCUCUUCAACGAGCAGGGACAGUGCUACCAGCUCACAGUCGGCUACCCUUGCGACAGGCAGAUAGGAAACACCGGCGGGCUCGGAGCAGUGUUCGGACUGAUGCAUGCUAUCAAGAAGCCCCUCCCCUUCCAGGAGGGGCAGCAGUGGAAGCCGAGUCCGUUGUAUCGCCUGGGUAUGAGGGUGGCAAAAGUGUUGGAACGGUUCGGAUACGGACCAGGGCUGAGCCCCAAGAAGCAGUGACCAAUAGAAUCUUUGUUUGUUAC